AUGAAACAAGAUGCAAAAGCUCAGCUUGCAAAGCGGCAACUGCCACCACAAGUCUAUAUGAUUCCGGGCCCACAAGAACCAUUGCCUGGUCGUUCGCAUCCGAGUGACUACUGGCCGGUGUUUCCUUUCCAAAACCAAUUCUCCGGUGGUCUCGAUUUGGAUCCUUCAAUCUCUCGGCACAUCGGAGGCGAUCUCAACGUAGCCAUACCCUCCUACGGAAUGAUGGAUAUUUGGGGUCGUUUCUUCAACAGGAUUCACGAUACAACAACUAAAUUUGGCUACUUAAACCAUCCAGUCAACAUGAUGGAUCUCGAGAAAGAGGAUUUCGUUGAGUUGAUGAGCAAUCCGAGCACUCAUUGGAAUAGAGCUGGUCAACCAACGAUCCCUCUUGGAAAGUUAGCAAAAACACACGAGCCACUCAACUGUAAAGCUCCUCUUUGUAAUCCGUACACGAUGACAUUCGGACUUGGUAUUGAGCACGAUUGGGGUGGCAGCGAUGGGGUUGAGGGUGAUAUUGAUGUUCCGUUUCCCCUCAGUAAGGGUGUCGCCUAUCGAAUGCCGUUCUCUGGAAAGAUUUAUUACGAUCGCGAUAAUCUCACCGUCACUUAUGGGCACAACAUAAAUCAGAUCGAUCCGUUCCAUUCACUAUUCGAUUAUCAGAAUCAUAGGAAUCCAGCUAUAGCAAUACCCCGAGAGUUACCGUUGCAGAAUUUGGAUCGAAGGAAAAGACAAGUUCAAGUCGAGAUCAUCAACAACGAGUCGAAAUCCGUGCCGGUUCAUCCUGAAACUGCUGCAAAGGGACAAAUCGAUGCAAUCGUUCGUCAUUUGCAUGAUCCGCAACCGAUUCCCUCUUCGCACAAUAAAGUUGCGCCAUUGGCUAAAGCUCCUCCGGCUCCAGCUCCAAUCCCACUACCAGAGGGAGCUCACGAUGCAACUGAGUCCAUACAAAACUUUUAUUCUAUAGGAAAAGAUACCGCCUCUGAGGAUCGAAAGUACAAGCCGAGUCCUUUGAUCGAAGAUCGCCGAUUUAAUGUGAUUCCAAAAGUUGCGCUAACAGGUGAAAUGAGCGAUGUGGAUGCAAUGAUAAAGAAACUAUAUCCAAACGGAUUUCUAUCGCCUUCACUCGGCCGUAAUUUUGAUCAAGAAGACUUAAUGAGGAAACUCUUGGCUGAAAUGAGUCAACAACCCGUUCAACCAAUGCUCAAUCCGUACUUGAAGCUAAAGAUGGGACCGAAUUUAAUUGAACAGGUUCUUGAGCAACAAGUCCAAACGAAUGCAUUGUUGGAAGAGGAGAUCAAUUCCCGGUUGAGGCAACUCAAUCUCGGGCCUUUGAAUCUGAAAUCACCGAUCACUCAUCCCCAAGCGCCACCUCCGCUCCCAAUUCUACCAAUUCACCGAUUUUUCUUU